AAAAAAAACAAAAAAAAACAGCUAGCAAUUAUAAUAGAGUGAGUAGAAAGGAAAGGAAGCCUCACACCUACCUUCCCACUGCAUCACUUCAUCUUCUUCUCCCCUUUCUUUAAUUUUCUUAUUAAGCUAACUUUUUCUCCUCUCUCUCUCUCUCUCUCCUCACUCUCUAACUGUUAACUACUCUUCCUCCAUCUUUCUCUCUCAUCUUUGCAGUACCAGAAUAAGAUAUACUUAAUUUAGCUGCAAUUUUGCUGAGAAGAAUAUAGCGAAGAGACAACAGAGGUAAUAGUUUAAUUGAUUGAGAAGAAUAAUAAUGAGUGGUACAAAAAUGGAGGAGAUUGAUUGCUGCAAUUUCUUCGAACAAAUUGAUGACCUGCUUGAAUGCCCGAACGACGACGUUGAGAAAGGAUUGGUUAAUAAUGGAAUUGACGUGGAAUACAAUGAUUUUCCGCCGGUUUAUUGGUCAGAAAGUUCACCCGUUUUUUCUGCCGCCACCAGUAAGAGCGCUUCAGACCUCUCUACUGAACUCUUUGUUCCUUAUGAGGAUAUCGUUCCAAUCGAGUGGGUAACGAUGUUUAUGAAUGAUUCAUUUGCCGGUGGUAGCUUGACGCUUAAGGAAGGUCAGUCGACGUCUUCCACCAAGGACUCACCGCGAAAUCAGUUUCAAACUUCCAGUCCUAUUUCAGUCCUUGAGAGUAGCAGCGACUUUUAUAAAGGAAAUACUCUUUCCACCGGUUAUGAAAAACGAGCACGCAGCAAGCGAACUCGUCCAGCUACAUUCAACCCUCUUGCUCACUUCAUUUCUCCAACAUCUUCCAUACCAAAUGCUUCAUUCUCCGACACGAAAAUUUUUGCUGAGUCUCGCCCCAAGAAGAAAACGAAGAUCAAGGUUCUACCUCCCACUCGUGGAAUAAGCCAGAAUCAGAACGAGAAUCCAAAUGCAACCCCCACAUCCCAAUCAUUACGGAGGUGCUUGCACUGCGAGAUUACGAAGACCCCACAAUGGAGGGCGGGUCCAAUGGGUCCAAAAACCCUUUGCAAUGCGUGUGGUGUCCGAUACAAAUCAGGCCGUCUUUUUCCAGAGUAUCGGCCUGCAGCAAGUCCAACGUUCGUUCCAUCAUUACACUCGAAUUCUCACAAGAAAGUCCUUGAGAUGAGAACCAAGAACACUGUGGAACAACCCUUAGUAACCUCAUCAGCACCACAAAGCUGCCAACAACCCGAGCUCACCCCAAAACCCGGUGUUGUCCCAGCAUUUAUGUGAUCCUGAAGAGCAGCCUUCUCUCGGAAUGUAUCUGAUCGUUGUGGCGGAGCCCAGUGGUUCCGUUCUUCGGUCAGCCUCGAGUUUUAGUGUCAUUUGUUAUUGUUUCUCCAUGAUUGUGGAUUUGUGGCUUAGAUAUAUCUUGGUUCAUUGGUUUUUUUGUACAGAGAGGGGGCAAUGCGAUAAAAUAGCAGCUUUAGGUGACAAUACUAUUUUUAGCUUAAGUAGAGGAGUUAUUAAGGAAUGGAGAUUGAUAAAAUCAGGAAGAGUUGAGGGAGCAAAAUACAAACUUUGUAGAACCUAAGGAUUUAGGCUAGGUAAAAUUUUAUUUCUUAUGAGCGGAAUACGAUGAUGAUGAUGAUUAAGGUUGUUAGGUAUGGAUCUUUUUUAUGGUAUUCUUUUUGCAGUUAAAAGUGUCGGUCUGAAUAUUUGUUUUAUGAUGUUUACCAUAAUAUUUUUAUUAAUCAGUUUAACUUUCCAAUA